AUGCCUUCACUGCAUCUGGAUAGCAAGGGUGAAAACUGUAUGGGCCUUCGGGAGUCAGAGCCAGGGACAGUGCUGUGUGUGGCAUGUUACAAGGACAAGAAAGGCAAGCUGGAUGACUAUGAUUUCGAUCUCUGCUGGGGUAAACCUUUCGAAUUGAGGGUGGCAGCAGAUGAUGGCGAUGAGCCCACUGUGGUGAUAGAUGGAGGUUUGCAGACAUCGAUGCAACCGCAUGGAUCUUGGACACCUUCUUCCACCGAUCGAUCGGCUGGCACUUCAAAGAGUGGGCCUUCGGCCUUGGAGAUCAACGCUUCGCUCCAGCUGUCCAAAUCCAACGCUUCUGCUGCUGUCCCCAUUCAAGUGGAAAAAUGUCUCUGGGAACUCAAGGGCAGGGAUGGCAACAAUAUCAGGAGGGAUAUCACGAGUGGAAGUGGAAGCAUGGCCUGUUUUGCACCAAGGGGGACGUUUGGUGCACACUUGUCCAAUGAAGGAUGA